AUGUCACAUGCGGAUAGUAACAGUGUGUGUGUGAGUGAGUAUGAAGAGGCGGAUCCUAGGAAAGAUUUAAAUAAUGUGUUAAUCGAUGAAGUAGUAAGAUCGAAUAUUAAUAAUACGAUGCAGGAAAGUGUGGAAUGUGAGAAUGUGGAACAGAACAGAAAGAGGACUAGGACAGUUGAGGGGAGUGAUGAUACUUCAGAGGAGGGGUGGAAUGUGGUCUCGCGAUCUCGGAAGGCGGUACGGAGGUUGAGCGGAACGUCAGAGGAAAGAGUGGAUGUGUGCGUAACUAGCACUAAGCAGCUUCCUAAACAAUUAACGCUAGCGAAAUUAUUUAAAAAUAAUAAUAUAAAGGGAGUUAAGCGAGUCAAAUACACACAUAGUUAUAAAAUGAUAGUAACCUUUGACGAGAACAUUUACGCUCAAUCUCUGAUCGAGUGCAAAACAUUUAAAGAUAUGGAGUGGAGAUGUUACAAAACUUCGGAGGUGGGUGUGUCUUACGGGGUUAUCCGGGAUAUAGAUUUAGAGGCUAGUGACGAGGAUAUUUUAAGUAACCUUAAGUGUGAACGUGAAAUAGUGGCAAUUAAACGACUCAAUAAACGAAAUUUUGAUGGGACCGCGUCUUGGAUUAAAUGCGAAGCACUUCGGCUGGGAUUCAAAGGAAAUUCUAUUCCAUCUCAUGUUUUCCUUUAUGGCCUCGGAAUUAAAGUGGACCCCUAUAUUUUUCCGGUGACGCAAUGUUCUCGGUGCUGGAAAUACGGACAUAGCCGAUUCCAAUGUUCGUCGACUAAAGUGAUUUGCCCGAAGUGUUCUCGCGAUCAUGAAAAUUGUGACACGAUGGUAUUUAAAUGUGUGAACUGUUCCGGUAAUCACAUGGCCUUGCAGAAGGUAUGUCCAGUCUUUCAGACAGAAAGAAGACUUAGAGAGCUUAUGUCGCAGUUUAAUUGCACAUUCAAGAAGGCACUUUCAUUAUACGUCCCACCGUCACCAGCACCUGGGAAUAACGCUAACCCCGAGCCUCAUCAAAUUGAUUUAGACGAAUUCCCCUGUCUGGGACCUGGGUGGGGACCCAAAAUGAAGAGAAUUCACAUAAUAAAGAGGAAGAGGAGGAUAGGCCGAGAGAGUUAA